AUGGCUAAGAAAUAUCUCAAAGCUGUUGAAAUCGACCAUAAUUGGGUCUCUGAAAGAUGGAUUCCAGACCUCGGUUUGUCUCAGUAUAAAGCAACAUUUGAAUUACAAUUAGUUGAUGGUCGCAUGUUAAAUAAUUUGACCAAAAAAGAUUUGGAGAAGUAUUUUGCUAUUCAUCGCAAAUUUCAUCAUGCCAGUAUACUUCAUGGAAUCGAACUUCUGAGGUCUUUAGAUUUUGACAAAGAAGAAUAUGCUGACAAACUGAAGGAAACUGGAGUUCAUGGAGCACUAAUUGUUAUGGAACCAUCAUUUACUGCAGAGACGCUUGCAACAGCAUUAGGAAUCCCUCCAUCUAAAUCUUAUGUCCGGCGUCAUCUUGUUUCAGAACUUGAAGCCCUUAUAAAGCCUGCAAGGGAGGAGCUAGAAAUUACAGGUCUAAAAAGAAAAUCCGGUGGAGGAUCUCUUGGCCGAACGUUUACUCGAUCUUUCCGCUCUACCACAAGUAUUGAUGAUCUCACUCCCAAGCCCCGAAUGAGUAUUAGGGGAUCUCUUGGGAAAGCAUUCAGUCGGAAAAGCAAACACUUUGAAUCUAAGGAUAACAAUAGUAUUGACACACCAGUAAGCAUUAAACAAAAAAUCAUGGAUCCAGUAGCAACACAACAAAACCAAUCAAGUCCUCUUGAUUUCUCAUCUACAGCCGUGUGAUAGUGUCAAAGGCAGGCUAUCAAAUUCAUGUGCAAUUCUUUAAUCCUUUCUACUUGUUACAACAGAAUUAAAACUAGUAGCUAAGUACUAAGAUAACCAA